AUGCGUUCUACCACUGCUCUUCGAAUGUUCAGGCAGACGCCUCGCAUGUUGCGACCCGUCCCCGUGAGUAUCUCCAAAUCUAUGCAAUGGUCUGAGGGAACGAGCUCUUUAGCCCUCGGCUCAAAAGAGGACCAGGCUGGCCAUACCAUCUCUCAGCGUCUCCGAAAGCUCAAGCAGAUCCCUCCUGAGCUGUACCCUCUCGCUGUCGUCGUUGGCUUCGCUCUCGGCGCUGCCGGCUACUCCAUCUCUCGCAAGUUCAUCGUUGAUAAGAACCUCCGUCUGGCCCGACAGGGUCCUGCUGGCCGCCACGAUGCUGGCCACGCCGAGGGCCACGCCGAGGGCGAGAGUGAGGGUCACUAA